AUGGCUUCGUCAAUCACGCCGGCUCAGGCCGAGCUCAUCAGGCAAGCUGCACUGCGAUGCGCCAUCUGCAGCAAGCUCGCCGUCAACGCCUUCCGUCUGCCCUGCUGCGAGCAAGCCAUUUGCGAGACCUGUCAGUCACGCGACCUCUUGCGUCACCCGUGCGAUCAAUAUCUGACCGAUACCCCAGGCCAACACUCCCUACCCUCGUCUUGCCCGGUUUGCGAGCACUCGCCGGUGUCCGCCGAUGACUGCACACCGCACAAGUCGCUGCGAACGACGAUCAAAGUUUUCCUCCGUACACAAGAAAAGAAGCGCGAGGAAGCGCGGUCCAAGGACGCAAAGGACUCGGCACCGCCUACCCCCGUCGACGUGAAGCCGAAUGUGCAGCCAGCUGCCCCCUCCGAGUCCCCGGCCGUCCAAACCCCUUCACAGCCUGCUGCUGCACCCAAUGCGCAGGACGAGCAUACCGAUUCCCAAGUCGCGCCAGCCGCGGACCCAAACACGGACGGGAAAACCGAUGCCAGCGCAGCUGCGGCACAGAACAGCAACGACGCGCCUACCCACGACGAGGAGCCCGUCAUCUCUAAGGGAGAGGAUGACGAUGACGAGACAGUAAUCAUCACUGGCGACGAGAACGCGGCCAAUGGCAACACGAACGCUGAGCAGCAGGAGGGCGAUGUUAUGGAGAACAAUGGUGCCGAAGGCGACGAUGCGAAUGCGAAUGAGAACGCCAACUUUAAUGGCAUGAAUGGAGGCAACUUUUCAAACAUGAACUUCGCUGGGAAUGGCGACUUCAACCAGAUGCAAAUGAUGAUGGCCAUGCAGAACGGCAUGGGGGCCAACUCCUUUGGCAACUUUCCUAUGAUGGGAAUGGGUAUGGACCCAAUGGCGAUGCAGAACAUGUACAUGAACGGCGGCUAUGGUCCUCAAGGCAUGGGCAUGGGAGGCUUCGGCGGUGGUUUCGGCUCAGGCUCCAAUAACUGGAACGGGCAACAGUCAUGGAAUUUCGGCCAAGAUAAUUUCAAUUCUGCUAAUGCUGCUGGCAUGGGAUCUGGUGACUAUGGCAACUAUAACUCAGGAUUCCAGUCAGGGUACAAUCAAGGUAAUUACGGCCACCAAUUCAAUGAUUACCGCCGCAACAACUACGGCAACCGUGGACGUGGACGAGGACGCGGCUUUUACGGCGGCGGCUAUGGUCGAGGCGGGUACCAACAGUAUGGCGGCUACGGAGACCAAGCCCAUAUGCAACAGCAGUACGGAUCGAACAUGCACGGCCAGGGAUCUGAAGACGGAAGCCGAGCAGCCGGCAACGUGGACGAGUUUGGUCGCGAGCGCAAUAACGACCAAGAAGAGACCUCUAACGCAGAAGGGGACAACCACGGAGAGGGUGGUGAGAGUUCCAAACCCGUAAACGAGGGCGGGAAUGAGCAGGGCCCUCGUGAUGCAUCGGAGCAUGAGAACACUGAGAACGGAUCACACAUGGCACAGGAAUCCGGUGAUUACUCUGCGUAUAACGGGAACGGCAUGCCUGUAGGUUAUGGACCCCCGGGUUUCCCAAACCAGAACCCAGGAUUCGCACCUGCAGCACCUGAUGUUCCCAUAAAUGCCCCGACAGGUCCCAAGGCCAUGCGCCAGGGCCUGCCGAAUACCAGCUUGCACACAUUGCGGGCGCGAGGAUAUGUUAUUCCUGACGACAGAGGCCGGCAGGUUUCGGUUGACGGGCCCGCCGUGCAGAGUCCUGCCUUGGAACAGCAGCGGUCGAGAAGCAACUCCUCUACGCGCACCAAAGAUAAGGAUAGGAACCGCCGUCGGGACGCGAGUCGAGAUCGUGAGAGGGAGCCUGACGCCAGGUCAGAGAGGGACUACGCCGGACGAGAACGGGAUCACUCACGCUCCCCAUCACGCAGCAGAGAGCAGAGCCGAGAGCGCAAGAGCGAGCGCGGCGACCGCCACCGGCGUCGACGCAGACGCUCCGAAUCAAGAGACGACGGCUACGAGGAGAGGUCGAGGUCCACUUCGCCCAGCGACUCUAAGAGAUCUAGCCACCGGAGCCGCAGAGACCGCGACGAGAAGCGCCGCGACCGGGAGAAGGACAAGUACCGAGAUGAUGACCACGACGACUACCACAGGAAGUCCAGCCACCGCUCGCACAGAGACAGGGAUCGCGACCGCGAUCGCGACUAUGACCGUGAACGAGACCGCAAGGACCGCGACCGUGAAAAGGACCGGAAGCGCGACAAGCACAGGGAUCGGGACCAUCGUCACCGCAGCAGUCGCAAGCACUCGGCCGAGCCGCCCACGCCCGUCGAGAAAGACUUCAACCCGCCCACCGGCCCGCGGGGCAGCACGUCGGGCCUCGAAAUAAAGGGAGCGAGCUCAAAGCCCGGCCGAUCCUCGGACCGGCAAGACGCAGGAAGACGAGGCUCCCAGGCGUCGAUCAACAGCAAAUCCGCGCCCAGCGUCCCUACCAAGGAUGCCCACGCCCUCGAACGUGAGGCCAGGGACCGUGAGCGUCUGCUCAAGGAGACGCAGCGCAUGGCUGGCUUGGCUGGCCUGGCGGGUGCAAAGCGCAGCAGAGAAGACGGCGGCGACGACGGCAAGCGCAGCCGGCGCAAGGGGCGCCGCAGCGAGGCCAUCAGCGUGGAUGACGAAGAGGAGCGGAUGCGCAGAAUGGAGGCCGAACGCGAGGGACAUCGUUGGGGCUAG